AUGCCGCCGGAGUCGGCGGGCUGCCCAACCAAUCGGCUACAGUGGAACCAACUGUCCUACCAAUCAUAUCCCGAAUCUUGCUCCCACUAUCGAGACUUGGAUUUCCUUUCUCCUCUGAAAAUACUCUAUGCCCAGGGGGAAGCCUGGUUCUUACCCAAGCCUACUCAUGGGUUUCUCCCAGCCGACUCAUCACUCCGAUCUUUGAAAUUUUGUGUCUCUUGA